CCUCUGCGUCUCAAGUUCACUGCAAGCAGACUAUCAUGGGGAACAUUCCACUUUUUAUAACUCUGGGCAUGUUCAUCAUCGAUCAAUUCGAAUUCUUGGAUGAGGAGGGUAAUGCAACAGAACGACCAUCAAAGAGUGAGAUCGGCGGUGGUGGAACCUAUGCCGUGGUGGGGGCUCGCGUUUGGUUACCGCCCGGGCAGGUCGGUAUGAUUGUGGACCGGGGACCAGAUUUUCCUCCUUCUAUGCAAAAAACACUUGAAGAUUACGGGCAAGACAUGUGGCUGUUUCGUGACCGUACAGACACAGAAACGACAAGGGCGUUGAAUAGUUACAGGGGAGAGCACAGAAGGUCAUCCAUCUCGUUCGUGGUCCUUUUAGAGGCGUCCUUGAUAUUUCACAGCAGCUUCAAGUACCUGACCCCUCGCUUACGCAUAACCCCUCAAGACCUGCACCAAACCAAAUAUGCUCGACCAAAAAUACUUCAUUUCAUUUGUUCUCCGACUAGGGCGUCCGUCAUCUUGACCGAGGUGCGCGACGCCCAAGACUGGAAACCAAUAGCGAUUUACGAGCCUAUACCCGAUAGAUGUAUACCUGAAGAGCUUCCAGCUUUGGUAGCGAUUUUACCGCAGAUCUCAAUUUUAAGCCCCAAUGCCGAAGAAGCCCUUUCCUUACUAUCUAUCUCUCUUCCCCCAAUACCGUCAAUAAUCGAACAAGUCGCGGACACAUUCCUGAAACUUGGGGUGAAGGAUGCCGUUGUUAUUCGAAGUGGCAGUCUAGGUGCCUAUGUGCUGACACACCAGAGGGGCGGGAAAUGGAUCCCUGCUUUCUGGGGUGAAGAUGCGAAGGAAAUUGUAGACGUUACAGGUGCCGGUAACAGCUUCUUAGGUGGAUUAGGAGCAGGGCUUCACAUUGCCGACGGAGACGUCUACGAGGCGUCUUUGUAUGGUGCCGUGUCUGCGUCGUUCGCUAUCCAGCAAGGAGGAUUACCGACCUUGACCAAUAGGGAGGGUUCAUGGAAUCAGGACUUCCCUGCCCGACGACUUGAGGCGUUGAAAAAACGGUGUACUUUAGAAGAAUAGAGCAGAUA